AUGAAUAAUGAUGAAAAUACACCCUAAAAUAUAUGUCAAGAUUUUGUUACUAAAAAAUGGACUCAUAAACAAAAUUAAUCAUUUACUAGAUAUUCAAUUAUAUAGAGUUCUAUCAAUUCAGUUUUUGAAAGGUCUCAACAAUUUUCUAAUUUCAAUUUAUCAAAUGGAUAGUAUUGGGGAUAACUGAAAAUCAAUAAACCUCAUGGAAUAGGUUCAUGUCAUUUUGAUAAUGGAGAUUUCUAUUAUGGUGAAUGGAAGAACAAUUUAAUACAUGGAUUUGGAGUCUACUUUUUUAAUGUUGGAGGUUAUAUUAAAGGAGAAUUUAAGGAAGGAUAAGCUGAAGGAAAAUGCGAACUCUCUUAUUAAAACGGAUAGUUAUAUUAAGGAUCUUUUAAGUUAGGAAAACAGAAUGGAAUUGGUAUUAAAAUUGGUAGAAGAGGAAAAGAAGUAGUUUAAUAUAAAGAUGAUAUUCGAGUAUGUUUGAAUGAAGAACCUUAAUCGAUUGAGGAUAUUUAAUUAAUUUUAAAGAAUCAUUUACCAUAAAUAUAUAUUCAUAAUGAUAGAAUAGUUUAUGGAUUACAAUGUGAUCUAACUGGUUUGGGAGUGAUUUAGUAUAAUAAUGGUAGAUUAGAUAUUGGAUGGUUUUAAAAUGGAUUUCUAAAUGGAAAGGGCAAGAUAAUUUUUAAGAGUGGAGACAUAUAUGAUGGUUAAUUGAAAAAUGGAUUCUUUUAAGGCGAAGGUAUGUAAAUAUGAAUUUAAUAUAUAGGUUUUUAUUUAAAUUAUAAUUCUAAAUAGUUAACAGAAGGAUAAUUUGAAAGAAAUCAAAUUUUAACAAUAAAGAAAUAAUUUUAUGAGUAUCCUCCAUAUAAAAAUAAUGAGGAUUUGUAAAUUGUGGAUUAAAGAAUCUUGAUAAAAAAUAUUCAUUUGAAAACAAGAUUUAUGAUUGGUUCCAGUAGAUAAUAAAAUUCUACUGAGAAAAAGGUUAAUAAGAUACAAAAUUAGAAAUAAAAUAUGUUUUAACCUGGUUAGAGAAUAUAGAAGAGUGAAGGUGGAUAACAUGAAGAAGUAAUAGAUAAUCUUUUGGCUCAAGUUUAAUCGCCAUAAUAACGAAAAAAUUUAGAAUAGAUAAUUAGUUAAGUGACAUCUCCAUAAAGGAUUAGAUGA